GCGCGCGUGCACAGCCAUGGUGCCAGACGGGGCCGCGGCGGCCCCCGGAGCCCCGGAGCGCGAGGAGCCGGCGUGGCCGUGGAAAGACGCGCCGAUCUGGACGCUGGUACAGCGCGUGCACCAGCUGCAGGCCGAGCGCGCGCAGGCCUUCCGCCGCCUGGACGAAGCCCACCGCCGGUACGUGCGCAGCGGUCCCCACCACGACUUCGCGAGCUACCGGAGCGCGGUGCACGAGGUCACGCAGGCCUUCGCCGCCGCCUCGCGCGAGGUGCUGGCGCUGGAGGCCGAGCUGGCCGGGCCCCGCGCGCAGCCGCGGCUCGCCGGCCACGUGCGCAGCCUGCAGCAGCUGGAGCAGACGCGUCUGACCACGGUGGCCUUGCUGCAGCUGGCGGGGUCGCCGGAGCUGUCGGGGCAGGAGGACGCGGGACAGACGCAACGGCUGAAGAUGAAGGUAAUUAAAACCAUGGAGGCGAUCAGCGAGGUCCUCCAAGACCUCAAGUUUGAGGCCGACUCCGCCGAGUGAUGGUGGCUCCCCAGGGGCACGCCGAGGGAGCCGGGAAAGGGGGCCGGUGGCGCCCUGCCCGGCCCUGACCCCGCCAGCUGGCCGGGUCCUGCCCUGCUGGGCUGCUGGCCCCCGCCCCCACCAAGGGCUGCACGCACUCCCCUUAAUAAAGGACUUCGUGGCCGGUG